AACACAUAACUAAACAAUAUUUAAACAUUUGCCAUUAUUCGCAACUACUUUAUAUUAAAAACAAAUAAUAUUAACCGCGCAAAGAAACUAAGACGGACCGAUUGCAAGUGUGUACACACCCCACGUGACUGAUCUUAAGAAGGAGACUAGCCUGUUGAAUUUAAUGAUUGUGGAAACUUUCACGGUCGAAAUGCUAUAGGGUCAACUAUAAACGUGCUUUAAUUUUAAUUACAUAUUCAAUUAGUAAAAAAUGGAAACUGACACCGGCAUGGCAACGCUUCAAUGGCCAAGUCAACGACAUAAAAGAGAGCUGGCGAGCAGCGGGCCCACUCAAUAUAGUUAUCCUUUUGCUGAGCUCGUGGAUGAACGCACACAGUCGUGGCCACUGGUGGCAUCACCUAGGAAUGCGGCGGCUUUACUGACCCUAUACUUACUCAUGGUUCGCUACGCUCCCAAAUGGAUGGCCAGACACAAGCCUCUACAGUUGAGAUUGCCUAUUUUCUUUUAUAAUUUGGCAAUGACACUGCUGAACGCACACAUUUGGUUGGAACUCUAUAUUUCGGCGCGUGCUCUGAAGUACAAUAUUUCAUGCCAACCAUGUCGAGUCAGCUACGAUCCAUAUGAAUUGCGCAUGGCCGCCGCAUUUUGGUGGUUCUAUAUUUCCAAGUUGCUGGAGUUUUCCGAUACUUUGUUCUUCAUUUUGCGCAAGAAGUGGUCCCAAUUGAGUUUCCUUCAUGUUUAUCAUCACAGCACCAUGUUUGUUCUUUGCUGGAUCAUUGUUAAGUGGAUACCCACAGGAUCAACUUUUGUUCCGGCCAUAAUGAACUCAUUCGUUCACAUUAUUAUGUACAGUUAUUACGCACUAAGUACAUUGGGCCCUCGCAUUCAGCCGUUCCUUUGGUGGAAACGUUAUCUGACCGCUCUGCAGUUACUACAAUUUAUUAUUGGCCUCCUUUGGUGCGUACAUGCCGUUCUGCAACGAUGCGAAUACCAACCUUGGCUGAGCUACACCAGCGUUGUAUAUAUGAUAUCUUUUUUGUACCUCUUUGGGCGCUUUUAUUCGCAGAAAUAUACAAAAGCGGCAGUUAAAUGUGAAUAAUACCCAAGCUAUCAUGCACAA